AGAACUUGUAACAGAAAAUUAAAAUAUACUCCAUGCAAGGGAACUCUGGACUUUGUACUUUGGUUAAAGUCUCACUCAGCUUCAAAUUUCUAAACUUUUCUUAAGAAAUUAAGUUUCCUUUGAUCUCUUCUCUUCUGAAUUGCAGAAAUCAUAUAAAACUUCUUGGUGAAAUGACUUCUUGCCACAUUGCUGAAGAACCUAUAAAAAAGGUUGCUAUCUUUGGAGGAACUCAUGGGAAUGAGCUAACAGGAGUAUUUCUGGUUAAGCAUUGGCUAGAGAAUGGCGCUGAGAUUCAGAGAACAGGUCUGGAGGUAAAACCACUUAUUACAAACCCAAAAGCAGUGAAGAAGUGCACCAGAUAUAUUGACUGUGACCUGAAUCGUGUUUUUGACCCUGAAAAUCUUGGCAAAGAAAUAUCAGAAGAUCUGCCAUAUGAAGUGAGAAGGGCUCAAGAAAUAAAUCUUUUAUUUGGUCCAAAACAUAGUGAAGAUUCUUAUGAUAUUAUUUUUGACCUUCACAACACAACUUCUAACAUGGGGUGCACUCUUAUCCUUGAAGAUUCCAGGAAUAAUUUUUUGAUUCAGAUGUUUCAUUAUAUUAAGACUUCUUUGGCUCCAUUACCCUGCUAUGUUUACCUUAUUGAGCAUCCUACCUUCAAAUAUGCAACCACUCGUUCUAUAGCCAAGUAUCCUGUUGGUAUAGAAGUCGGUCCCCAGCCUCAUGGGGUUCUGAGAGCUGAUAUUUUGAAUCAAAUGAGAAAAAUGAUUAAACAUGCUCUUGAUUUUAUACAUGAUUUCAAUGAAGGAAAAGAAUUUCCUCCCUGUGCCAUUGAGGUCUAUAAAAUAAUGGAGAAAGUUGAUUAUCCCAGAAAUGAAAAUGGAGAAAUUUCUGCUAUAAUCCAUCCUGAUCUGCAGUUUUUGGCCAGGGCUGCGUUUGAACCCACCACUUCCGGCAUAUGGGGCCGGUGCCCUACUCUGUUGAGCCACAGGCACUGCCCCCUAAGGAGCAUUUUUAACAUCCUUAUUUCCAGAUCCCAUCCCUAGAGAUUCUGAUUAAAUUCAUCAAGGUGGAAACAGAAUUUUUGAGUUCACCAGGUGAUUUCCGUAUGGCUCAGGUCUGAGUAUCACUGCACUGCAUCAGGAUUCUGUGGGUGGGGGCUAGCCACAUGUGUGCUGAAGUUCCUCUAGACGUGGUCUAGAGCAUGUCUCUGCCUGAAAACUACUGGUCCAGAGCAGUAGUUCUCAACUGAAACUAACACCCUCCAAAAUCAUCUGGGGCUUUAAAACAGUGAACUAUAAAUGGGUAGCAUUAGGGGCUGGAGAAGGAAGAGGAGGUGGAUUACAUAAUUAUGUAUCUUGACUACAUGGUUAUAGGUUAUAUGACUAUGCUAAGCAUGUGUCAAAACUCAUAGAAGUGUACACAAAAAUGAGCAAAUUCUAAAAUGAAUUUUUAAAAUAACAAUACCUGGACCUCACUCUUGAGAUUCUAAGUUAUCUGACAUGGAACUAACCCCUCUACAUAUGUAGACAUAUAUUAACAUCCCGGUGAUUAUAAUGUACAUCCAGGAUUGAGAAAAUUGCCAUGACACAACAAUUAUCAAACACUAACGCUGUGCAUUUGAAUCUCUGGAGAUUUCUUAAUGUGAAGAUUUCUAUUUAGUAGGUCUGCAACAGGGAAUGAAAUUCUGCUUUUCUAACAAAUUCCUGGGUGAUGUUAUUGCUGCUGGGAAAUGUCAGAAAUGCAGAAUCUCAGGCCCUCACCCCCAACCUGUAGAAUUGGAAUCAUCAUUUUAACAAAAUCUCCAGAUGAUUUGGAAGCAUAUGAAAGUUUGAGAACUGUUCUAGGGUCUCUGCAACAGGACACCAUUAGUGCUGGAAGGAUCAGAGGUCCAAAUUCCUUUCAGAUAACUCAAUUGUUAUCCUAAUGUCAGAGCAUGUUUGGAAUGCAUCCACCUUGUCUUAGACAUUUCAUCCCACUCUCACCUUCUCUCACCAAUCCCCAUCAGAACAGAAUCUCUCAUACAACAUGCCUCAUUUUGAUAUCUGUAACAUUAGAAUAUCUUACAACAGAAGGCUCUUAAUGGAUAUUCCCUAAAUUUUGCUAAACAGAAUUUAACUUUAGCUGGCAUCAGGUAGAUUAUGCACUUAGGUAGACAUGCAUUCAAUUUUGCCUUUAAAUGUUAUAAAUUGCUUUGGCAAAUUUCAAGGUAAAUUUAGUAUUGAAGCAAGCUUUAAUUACAUGUGUUAGCUAUAAAAGUCAAAAUGGGACCUCUUACCACUGCUAUCAAUAUUAACUACACAAUUUCAAUUUAAUCAGAUCACUUAUAUGCCUCGCAAUACACCUCUCAAGCAUCUCUUUUAAAAGAAUAGAAUGCUGUAAUUUGUGAGUUGUCUAGAGUGACAUGAAUUUUUAAAAUAGGAGGAAAACCAAAUGUAAUUUAUUUAUUUUAAUUGUUU